AUGGGUGCUAAACGAGAUUUGUUACAAAACAAUGGAGCAAAUACGCUAAAAGCCAUACAUUUAUUUGAAAAUGAGUUUGAAACACAGGUGUCUGAAAAUAAUGAUUUAGAAGUUGGUGAAAAAGUUUAUGAACUAGUAGAUGAUGAUAGCGAUAGUACCUCAACAUCAGAGGAUAAUAAUGAUAAUAACAGUGAUCUUGAAAAUGUGUUAAUGUUCAAUCCAAGUCUUGACCAUGAAGAAAUAUCUGACUUAUUAAAUGAAAACUUUGAUGAUGUUGAUGAACCAUUAGAUAAAACAGAAAAAAUUGUAACUGAUAUUGCUGCCCAAAAUGUUGGUGGUAUUCGUUGUGUCGCUCAUACGCUUCAAUUAGCAAUUACUGCUAAUCGACUACCGAUAGCCUCAAAGUUAGCACUGUUGAACAAAUAUUAA